CAGUUUGUUCUUGUUCUUAUAUGGUUGUUUGUUCUGAUUUUGUGAUUAUCUCUGUAACUGAUAUGAUUUAUUUCUUUCCUCCAUGUUCUGAACUGGGGAUUUCUGGAAACUCCUUCGGAUUUGGCUUUGAUUUUAUAAGAACAGGUAAUUAUAUUUUAGGGUUUUUAUUUGUGAACUAGUUACUAGUUACUUAUUUCUUUGUCUUGAUUUAAUCUAAUGAAUUUUGUCUUUUGCUUUGUCUUCAUGGCAUGUCUGGCUGUCUGCAAAAAAUGAAAAGAUUCACUCACUAAGUGAAUGAGUGAAUCUUUUGUGGUGGAAGCCCUUCACUGUUGGAUUCGUGGCCUCAAAUCUGAGACUCAGUGACUUGAAUCACUUGAUCUAAUACCUAAUUUGCUUACCUAUUGCUUGGAUUGCAUCUGCUGCUGGGUAUGUGCAUUCCUUCUAAUGUAUUUAAUUAGUAGUUAUAAUUGUAUGGUGGAUUGGUUUAAUGGUUUGUAUUCUAUGAUUUUCUGUGUGUUUGUUGGUUUGUACUUUGUAUGAUCUUAGCCUGUCAUGUUUAAAACAUACAAAAUGAAAGUGGUUUGGAAGCUAUUAAGUGAUGCCUCAUGCCUCUGUAUUGGUUCAAUGUUAUAUUUUGGUCAAUUGUUGUCUUCUGUGCCUAAAUAAAAGUGAUUUUUCAAGAAUGAAAUGUUUAAAACUUAAAAUGAAAAAGUGGUUUGCUAUUUAUCUAAAUGAAUAAGUGGUUGCUUGAUGCCUCUGUAUUGAUUGAAUGUGGUUCUUUGCUCACACAGAUGUCAAACCUUGACCAACAGCAAGUUGCUCUUGUUGAUGUUGAGGGGGUUGAUGGCUCAUCUCCUGAGUUACCCCCUUCAACUCAGCAGGAGCAACCUGUUGCUGCUGCUGAGGGCUCAUCUGAGCCUUCUCAGCAGCAACAAGAAGAUGCUAAUCCUGCUGCUACUGGAGGUAAACCAGUUGAUAAAAAACGUAAGCAAAUUCCUGUUAGAUCUAAAGUUUGGGAGCAUUUUGAGCGCAUAGUUGAUGAAUAUGGCAAAUUACUUAUGGCUAAAUGCUUGUAUUGUGCAAAAAUAUAUAAUUCUGACACUAAAGUGAAUGGGACUUCCACACUUAGAGCCCACAUUCUUGCAUGUCUUAAGAACCCUCAUAGUAAAGAUACCAGACAGACCUUGUUAACUCUACAACCUGUUUCUGCUAGUCAUGAUGAAACUGAGGGGAAGGGAAAUUUGGGGGUUUGGAAAUUUAAUCAAGAUGACAUUAGGAAAGCAUUGUCUUAUAUGCUCAUUGUAGAUGAGUUGCCUUUUAAGCAUGUAGAAGGUAUGGGGUUUAAGAGAUUUAUGAGUGUUGCAUGCCCAAGGUUUCACAUUCCUUCUAGAUGGACUGUUAAUAGGGACUGCUACCAAAUGUUUCUUGAUGAAAGGUUGAAGUUGAAAAAUAUUUUGAAAAAUGGGAGUCAAAGAGUUAGUAUCACAACAGACACAUGGACUAGUAUUCAACGUGUUAAUUAUAUGUGUGUUACCUGCCAUUGGAUAGAUAAUGAUUGGAUUCUUCAUAAAAGAAUCAUUAAUCUUGUACCUGUUUGUGGGCAUAAAGGGGACUACAUAAGUAAAACACUUGAAAAUUGCUUGCUUGGUUGGGGUCUUAAGAAUGUUUUCACAGUAACUAUGGAUAAUGCUGGUAAUAAUAACACUGCUAUUGCUGCAUUUAAGAAAAAAAUGAUUUCUUGGGGCACUGAUGUUUGUAAAUGUGAAUAUUUGCAUAUGAGGUGUAUAGCACAUGUGAUCAAUUUGGUUGUGUCUGAUGGUCUGAAAGAAAUGCAUGAUUCUGUUAAAAAAGUUAGAGAUUGUAUACGUUACAUUAGGAACAGUCCAUCUAGACUUAAGAAAUUUAAAGACCUUGCUGCUGCUGAUGAUAAAAUUGGCACCAAAAAGUCCUUGUGUCUUGAUGUUGCAACUAGGUGGAACUCCACUUAUCUUAUGCUUGACACUGCUUGCUUGUUUCAAUCUGUUUUUGAGAGUUAUGAAGAAUCUGAUGAGAGUUUUAGGUCUGAUAUGGCUGAAUGCAUUCCUACUUUUGUUGAUUGGGAAAAUGUGAAGAAGUUUGCUACUUGCUUGUCAUAUUUCUAUGUCACAACUUUGAGAAUAUCUGGGUCUUUGUAUGUCACAUCUAACAUGCAUUUUCAAGAGAUUGUUGACCUUUCUAUCAUGUUAGAUGAAAUGCUUAAUAGUGAGGACCAUCAGAUUAUUCUAAUGAGCAGAAAAAUGAGGGAGAAAUUUAACAAAUAUUGGGGUGAUCCCCAGAAGAUGAAUAAUCUGAUUUUUUUUGCACAUGUUUUUGAUCCUACCAGUAAAAUGAAACAUUUGUUGUUUGCUUUGAAAGCUCUAUUUGGUCCUGAGCAAGGUCUUAAGUUAUUUGACACUGUGAAUGAUAAGCUGACAAUCCUGUUUGCUGAGUAUGAAAAGGCUUAUGUACAUGGUGGUUCAUCUGCUUAUGUUAGUCUUAGUCAGUCUUCAGAGGCUGUUUCUGCUCAAACACCAAUCCUGCCACCACCUGCAAAAAGACAUAUGUCCCUGAUGAAAGCCAAAUUUGAUGAGCAGAACAAGGGUAGUGAUUCUGGUAGUAGGAAAUCUGAGCUGGAAUUGUACCUGAGUGAGGCUACGGUUGAGAAUGAUGAUGAUUUCAAUAUUUUGAAGUGGUGGAAGCUAAACUCAGGGAGAUUUCCAAUCCUUUCGAGGAUGGCUCGAGAUAUUCUUGCUGUCCCUAUCUCUACUGUUGCAUCUGAAUCAGCAUUUAGUACUUCUGGAAGAGUACUAGACUGCUUUAGGAGUUCUUUAACUCCAAGAUUGGUGGAAGCAUUGGUGUGCACUCAGGAUUGGCUUAGAGCAGAAGCUUGCCCUUUGGUGAUUGAAGAGUGCCUCGAAGAAUUGGAACCCUUUGAGCAAGGGUUGCCCAACUAAGAAGUUGGUUGAUGGCUCAUUUUUGCUUUUGUGGCAACUUGGUGUGGAAGCCAAUUUUGUUGUUGUUGCCUAAUGCUGCCUGUUGCCUAAAGCCUGAUGCUGCUUGUUGCCUUGGUUGUCCCUGUCCCUAUACAGAAAAGUGGUGGAAGCACUUAACAAGGAAAUGUUCUUCUUCUGAAUUCUGUGAUUCUUCAUUCCUGAGCUCCUGUUCUGCUUGGGUGCUGGAAAUGGCUAUUUUUGAAUGCUAUAGGCCGGCAGUGUGCAUAAUAUACUGCAUAGUUCAGUUAUAUUUUUUGAUAACUUUCACAUAUAAUUUAAUUUUUGGAUGAAUGUAAUCUAUAUAGUUCAUUAGUUUUUGCUACUUAAGUUAUUUUUGGAUGAAUGUAAUAUUUAGCUGUUCAUUAUUAUUUUUGCUACU